CCCUCCCCUCCUGGGCCUCGGUACCGGCGGCCUCGGCCUUGGGGAGGCUGUCACCUUGGCAGGGGAGAAAUCCUCUAUACGUGCGGUCGUGCGGAGCUGCCUACCGAAAGCUAAAUGAGAUCACUGCAUGCUCUCUCUUUUGGAAGAGGUGGUCAAAGGAAAUGGAUAGCUAUUCAGACUUCAGUGCAGAGAACCUCUCAUCUUCAGCUAAUAUGUCUAUUUCUUUGCCUGGACAAGUUGGACUCAAUACCACCAGCGGUCCUCCUUCUAUGUCAAUAAGCAGGCUUUUCCCAGCCCUGUUAGAAUGCUUUGGGAUAAUUCUUUGUGGCUACAUAGCUGGAAGAGCCAACAUUAUCACUUCAACUCAGGCCAAAGGACUGGGAAACUUUGUCUCACGUUUUGCACUCCCAGCACUACUGUUCAAAAACAUGGUGGUACUUAACUUUUCUAAUGUGAAUUGGUCUUUCCUGUACAGUAUCUUAGUUGCCAAAGCUGCUGUGUUUUUCUUAGUCUGCGUUUUAACCUUGUUGGUAGCCAGUCCUGAGAAUCGAUUUAGCAAAGCAGGUUUGUUCCCUAUUUUUGCUACACAAAGCAAUGACUUUGCACUGGGAUAUCCGAUAGUUGAAGCUUUAUAUCAAACCACUUACCCAGAGUAUCUCCAGUACAUUUACCUAGUGGCUCCAAUAUCUCUUAUGAUGCUAAACCCUCUGGGGUUUAUUUUCUGUGAAAUCCAGAAGUGGAGGGAUAAUCGCACUGUGUCCCAAAGCAAACUCAAAAUAGUGGGCCUAGCACUCCUUCGAGUUCUGCAGAACCCAAUUGUAUUCAUGGUCUUCAUAGGAAUUGUCUCAAACUUUAUUCUUGGCCAGAAAAUUCCCGAAUACCUUGAAAAUUUCCUUGACGGACUGGGCAGUUCAUUUUCUGGCUCUGCACUUUUUUACCUUGGACUAACCAUGGUGGGACAAACAAAAAAACUGACAAAGGGUAUGUUUGUUGCACUGAUCCUUCUCAUCACAGCUAAACUACUUAUGAUGCCAUUUCUCUGUAGAGAAAUGGUAGAACUCCUGGACAAGAGUGACAGCGUAGUCAACCACACCAGUUUAUCAAACUAUGCAUUUCUUUAUGGAGUUUUUCCAGCAGCACCUGGUGUCGCAAUAUUUGCAGCUCAAUUUAAUAUGGAAGUGGGAAUUAUUACCUCAGGCAUGGUGAUAAGCACGUUUGUGUCUGCACCUAUCAUGUAUGUUUCUGCGUGGCUGUUGACCAUUCCAUCUAUGGAUCCCAACCCACUGGCAUCUGCACUCCAAAAUGUUAGCUUUGACAUCAGUAUUGUCAGCCUCGUUUCUCUGAUUUGGUCUCUCAUUGUUGUUCUUCUGAGUAAGAAAUACAAACAGCUUCCUCAUAUGAUUACAACAAAUCUACUUGUUGCUCAGUUUAUUGCUUGCAUUGGAAUGGUGAUAUGGAAUUUCAUUGUUAAAGAGAAAGACAUCACAUUGCAGAUCCUAGUAUUUAUAUUUCUCUACAGCUCACUUUAUAGCACCUACCUGUGGACAGGUUUUCUAUCUUUCUCUCUCUUUCUGUUGAGGAGGAGAGAAACAGUGAAGAUUCCCAUUGGGUUUAUUAUCAUAGCUGGAUGGGGAAUCCCAACACUUCUGGUGGGAAUCUUGUUAAUAGUUGGUGAACAUAACAGCACUAGCAUUGACUCUGCCUUUUUCUAUGGAAAACAGCAGAUAAUUACCACAGCAGUGAUCCUGUUCAUCAGUAUAUUGAUGUCAGGCAUCUCGCUUAUGUGCAUGAACAGAAAUAGACAAGAAUCAAGCUAUGAGGUACUGAACCCAUAUUCACCUCGUAGCCAAGCAGAGGAGGUUGAGGUGGAAGGGAAUGCGGGGAAUCGAGUUUCAGCCACUGUGCCUCAACCUUCUGCAGGGUCUUCUGCUCAACCUUCUGUGGCAUCUUCUGCACAGCCAUCUCCAGAAAGAGGUUGCUGUUCUUGUCAGACAACAAAUGGGGAAUUACCCUGUGCUAACGAGAGUAAAGCUGUGCCAAAUGCUGUUGAAAGCAAGGUUCCUUCCAUUGAAACAGCUGAUCAGUGUGUGAGUCAUUGCAGUACUCGAACCUGUGUACUGGCUCAGGAAGAACAGCUUCUACAGACUGGAGACAAACAGUUGGCGAGACACGUGCUGCUGUGUUUACUUCUUGUUGUUGGCUUGUUUGCUAAUCUUUCCAGUUGUUUAUGGUGGCUGUUCAACCAAGAGCCUGGAAGGCUAUAUGUGGAAUUGCAGUUCUUUUGUGCUGUGUUUAAUUUUGGUCAGGGUUUCAUUUCCUUUGGUAUUUUUGGCUUAGAUAAGCAUUUAAUCAUUCUGCCAUUCAAGCGAAGACUUGAAUUUCUCUUGGGAGGUAGAGAAGCAGCAGAGCAUACAGAUCCCACUCUACCCGAGGAAAUCAGGAUGACCUGUCAACAGUUUGUUCGUUAUCAUAGAGAUCACUGUGUCAAAAGCAUUGUCAAAGGCAGAAGGUGUGGUGCAAAGAUCUCCACUGGCAUCUUCUUUGGCUGUGACCUGGUGAACUGGCUCAUCCAAGUUGGCCUUGCCUCUGACCGUGGUGAAGCUGUGAUGUAUGGAGACAGACUGAUGAAAGGAGGUGUCAUCCAGCACAUUACGAAUGAAUUUGAAUUUCGGGAUGAAUAUUUGUAUUACCGCUUUAUUCCUAAGAGAUCAACUACAGCUGAGAGCCAAUGACCUGAGCAUGUAGACAGAGGACGGGCAGGUGGGGGUAAACGUGACCAUCUCCUCUGCAUUUGCCACCGCACUUGGAAGUGUCCCUUUCUCAGGGCUUCUAGGGAGUUGUGUCACGCUCUCUUGCGAAGUUACAAAAUGUGGUUCUACUUGUGUCUAUUCUGAAGAAAAUAGUAGCAAGUGAUACUCUCAGUGAGUGUUUGAACCAGAAUGCAGCUAGAAUAAAACAAGGUACUCUGGAUUUAGAGCAUUUUCUCCAUUUUCAGCAAAACAAACAGUAAAAUUAUGUGUGUCACUGAUGUUUUUAUACCUGCACUGUAACAGCAGCUUUAGUGACUGGUUCCACAAUCAGGGGGAAAAAAAAACAAAACACGUGAAUGAGAGGAAUAUUUUAUGUUGCCAUUUGUUUUCAGUAUUUCAGUGUGAUUUAAGGUCAGGCUUCCCACUGACUUCACAGAAAUAGGAUUUUUUUUCUGUCAUACCCCAGUUUUUACUACUGUAUACUCUUGUCUAACACCAGAUUUUUUUUUCUGGCUGUUUUUUACCUUGGAUGAGGCAGUUUGUUUCUCCCUUAAAGAUAAAGUCCUCCACUCAUGAUAGUAGAAUUGUUGUGAAGAUGAUUACGAUGUAAGAGGAUUAACGCUGAGGAAAUAGUGGGGGGAAAAAAGGUUUUGCACAAAAAUACCAUGAAAACUUAUAUAUAAAAAUAAAUAAUAAUAAUAACCAUCACUUCACAUACUAGGAAGCAAUAUAAUGGAUUUUAUAUAUCUAAACAAUUGGUUCUGAAGUUUUGCCUUUUGGCAGUACUAACAGCUUUGUCAAGAUUUGAGUUUUACCUUCUGAAAUAAGCCUUUCCAUUUUAAUUCAGAAGUGCAAGCCUCAAAGAAAGAAGUUAUGGAAGCCCUGGAUACCUGUGCAAGUUACAACCAAAAAUUGUAUCAAAUUACAAAACUUCUAAAUGACAUGCAAUGACUUCUAAAUCUAUUCUAUAAACAGUUGUAACAGAACAUCAAAGCUGGGCUUUAGAAAAACUAAAGACCUUUAAAAUGUUGUUAUUGGGGUAUGUAACAAAGUUUCCUAGUAAGUCUCCGUAUCCCUCUGUGACAUCAGUGUCAUUCAGUGUUCUGUGCACUGAAAGCACAAUCUGAGAAUCCCUACAUCCGCCAGCAUACUUUUGAAAAAGUUGAAGACAAACCAUAGUAUCUGACAGCCAUUACGCUGCCCUUCUAAAUUGUAAGAAUGGCAUUUGUUUGUCUUUGUAAAAUAUUACCUAAUGAAGGGAAAGAACACAGGUAUUUGGGGGAAAAAAUUGCUUAUCUGGAACAGUCAAGCAUUUGAACAACUCUUCUCAUCCUUCUUUUUUAAAAAAGUGUUGUUUUUUUUUAAAUACAUAGAUUUUAUUACAACUACUUAUGCGUCUACUUUGUAUUAAGAAUUAAAACUGAUUUUAGCAGCAUAAACUGCUGUUCAGGAAACAGUCAUUUUAUGGUAGCUAUGACUCCAUGCAAGACUUAUAUUGGAAAAAUAAUUCUUUUUACUGUCAGUCUUAUUGCACAUCUGCAGUCUGCACUGAAACAUAGCUACGUAUGUAUACUAUACAAGCUGACACUUUAAUGUUUUCCAACAACAAAAUAAUUGAUAUUUGUAUCAGGCUGCGGCCACAAAGAAAAUGAUAGCUUAUUUCCAUUACAAUUGCUGAAGACAGCUACAUCAGAUAUUUUGGAAUAAUUAAAUAUACGUGGCUUAAGAGUAGAAGCUGUGAGUAUGUCUGGCUUCUAAAUACUGUAACUUAUCAAUAAAUCUAUUAUUUGAUUUCAGAGUUCUGAGUUUUGGUGUGAUACAAGAAGUGGGAGGGUUACAUGUGUGUGUCAAGUUUUAUAAGAAAUAUGUCUGAGAAGUUUGUUAAAGUUGCUCUUGGAUUUCAAAUUUUGCUAUAUCUUAAAUCCAUUCUUGAUGCUUUUUUAAGUAUGUAGAGGAUUUGUUAAUGGAUGCCCACCAGUUAUCUUCUAACAGCCUGCCUGCUACUUAUACCAGCAAGGAGCUAAUUCAGAUCUUCAGGAAUGUUUUGCAUUAACCUCUCCUUACCAAAUAUUUAUUUUUGAAGAUCCUUCAGCUGUUGAAAAAGUUGUUCUUAGUUCAGUUUUAUGCUCCAAAACAGAGUCAUUGUUCUCGCGCUCAUCUCUUUUGUCAUUUUCAUCGCUAAAGUCCUUGCCCUGGCCUCCCUUUUUAUAAUGGCUCUAAUAUUCCCUACAUUUGAUCACAACGUACCUGUCUUAAGUAAGAAACGGUUCAAAACAUCUGCUUAGAGAAAGCUCCCUUUCAAAAAUCCAAUGUAGAGAACAUCUUUUAUUAACAACUGGCAAAAAAUAUGGUGAGAUUAACUGUUACAACACUGCUGAUAUCAUACCUGUUAGUCUUAUGAGCAUUUAUGAUAGUUAAUGAAUAGACUAAAGAAUCUAUCAAUCAAAUAUGGAACAAACUAAUCUAUUCCUAAAUCACUGGGUACUUUUGGAAACUAAGAAUAGACUUUGAAUAACAUUAGAAAGUUAUCUGACUCGUAUCUGACAACUAAGGAGCACCAGUAAGCUUUGAAAUAGUUGAUAAUCCCGUGUAUGUUGAUACUUUAUUUACUGAUGUGUGAAUUUUUGGUGGUUAGAAGUAGCUUUGCUUUAAAGAUGUGGCCAGUGGUGCAAUAAGUUCUUCUAUUUUGAAGGUUGAUUAGUUUGGGAUAAAUAGCGGUUAACUUGAAAGCUCUAAUUCUGUGAAAACAUUCACUGAACAAGAGAGUAAGUCCAGGGGGAUCUCCAAUGAAACAUAGGAUCUUUUUUUCUAGCAUUAAUUUCAAAAUAUUUACAAUAAUGGACAGGGGUAGAUAUUAAACACAAAAUUUUUAGGUAGCAGGUUUUUGUUUUUUUCUUAAAUAAUGAUCCUUCAUAAAGCUCUAGAUAUAAAUAAAUAAAUAAUAAUUUAGAUGAAAUACGUGCAAAGUUUGCCCUCUAGAGGACAUUCUGAUUGUUGUUGUUUUUUUUUUUAAAUGGAUGGUUGUGGGAGGGAGGUAUAGCUUCUCAUCCUGGUCUCAUCCUUGUUUUGUGUUUUGCACUGCAUGUGUUCUAGGAGGAUGAAAUCCCAGGAAGAAAGGUACCAAAAUAUACUGUACUCUGUCAUCCAUGCCUUGAUCUAUCUGAAAACACAUUGUUUUUACUGUGUGUCCUGUAGACGAAUAAAUGAAAGACAACACCAAAACCAGAGGAAUAGCUGGACUAUGUCUACCUAUAUUAGAGCUUGACCAUUAUGCCUAACCUGGUGGCCUGGUUAAUUGACGCCCUGUAAUUAGAUGGCCAAAAAGUUCACUUAAAGGCCUGUACCACAACCUUCACUACUUCCAUUCUUCUAUAACUUUACUUUAUUUGCAGCGUCACAUAAAAUUGUCUGUCUCGUUCUGCUA